AUGUCGAGCACAACAGUCAUUGCCCCAGGCACAAUCACACGAGAGAAGAACAAAAAUGGCGACCCUCUGUAUCCUGAUUACAUGCCAUUCUACGAUCCUCUCGAGAAGGUAGAGGACAUCGGUGCUUUUGAGCAUUUCGAUCCUGGUCACCGCGCUGAUCCUAAGCUGCCCAAUCUUCUGAAAAACGCAACCAAAGUCUGGGAUCUAUCUCCUCAUGUGGGUACUGAGGUUCAUGGAGUUCAGCUCUCUAAACUUGACAGCGCCGGUUUGGAUGAACUAGCCCUUCUUGCUGCGCAGAGAGGUGCGUUGGUAUUCCGUGAUCAAGACUUCGUGGGUAUCGGCUUCGAGGCACAGAAGAAACUUGUCAGUCAUUUUGGUCCUCUGCACAUUCACGGUUGGGCCCCUCAUCCAGCUGCGGGAUCCGAAGAACACAUGAUUAUUUACGAUCACAAGGAUGAUCUCCGAGUCCGCCAAUCUUGGGCCGGUCUUAGUCCAGUUCAAUGGCACACAGACCAAAGUCCCGAGCAGCAACCCCCUGGAACCACUUUCAUUGCUAUGCUCGAGUCCCCAACUACCGCUGGCGGAGACACUCUUGUGAGUUCCAGCGUGAGGGCAUACAGCAGUCUAUCGCCUCGCUUCCGCAAGCGGCUUGAAGGCCUGACAGCCAUUCACACAAACAAUGAUGGUGUCAGCCAAGAGCUCAAGCACGGUCAACAAGCCGUGAUGCGGCGCGGCGUGCUUCGGGCUGAACACCCUGUUGUACUUGUCCAUCCUGUUACGAAGCAGAAAGCCCUUUAUGUUAACCCAGUAUACACGAAGAAAAUCGUCGGUUUUGACCAAGAGGAGUCAGACUGCAUCCUCAAGUUCCUUUUCGAUCACAUCGCCAAGCGACAAGAUUUCUCUUGUCGGAUCCGCUAUGAAGCUGGCACUGUGCUUGUAUGGGACCAACGAGUCACCAAUCACUCGCAGACUCUUGAUUACCCAGUUGGAGAUCGUAGGCACGGUUUUAGACUAACACCUCUGGCGAACAAACCAAUCCCGGCUAAGAUUGAAGAGGAUGACGGGGAAUUCUCGAGGGAUGAGGCUCGG